AUGAAAAGAUUAAUUAACAUAGAUACAGAUCAAGGUUAUAAGAAGGGCAUUGAAAUAGCAUCGAGUGUAUUAAAAAAUAAUGGUGUUAUAGCUAUUCCAACUGAUACUAUUUAUGGUAUAUGUUCUUCACUUUCUAAUACAGAUAAAAUAUAUGAUAUUAAAAAAAGAGAACAUUGUAAACCAUUAGGUAUUUUUUUACCAAAUAUUGAAGCUAUUGAUAGAGUUGCAAUUGUUCCAGAUUCAUUAAAAUUAUUGGUAGGUAAAUUAUUACCUGGUCCAGUGACAUUAUUAUUUAAAAGAUCACCUUUAUUACCAAAAUCAUUUAAUCCUGGAAUUGAUAAAAUUGGUAUUCGUAUACCAGAAUCUAAAUUUGUACAAGAAUUGGUAAAAAAUUUUGGUGAACCAAUUGCUCAAACUUCUGCAAAUAAAUCAGGUGCAACUUCAAAUCCAACAUCUAUUCAUCAUUUUUCAGAUCUUUGGGAACAUCUUGAUUUAAUUAUUGAUGGUGAUAAUCAGUUUUCUAAUGAUAAUGAUGAAAUAUUUCAUCCCGGAAGUACAAUUAUUGAUUUAACGGAAGUUGGAUAUUUCUCUAUUAUUAGAAAUGAAAAGAAUAAAAUGUCCGUUGAUAUUGUACACAUGUGUAAACUAUUUGAAGAAAAAUAUGGAACCAGACCGCAAUGGAAAGUUAGAUGUCCCGGUAGAGUUAAUUUAAUUGGUGAACAUAUUGAUUACUCAGAUUAUUCUGUUAUCCCAAUGGCAAUUGAUCGUGCAAUAUUCAUACUAGGAGUUGAGUGUAAUGAAAAUACAUUAGAAAUUGCCAAUGUUGAAAAAGAAAUUUAUCCAGAGAAACGAUUUUUAUUAAAUGAUAUAGAAAAAUGGCAUGGAUGUAAUAAUCCUACAUGGAUUGAUUAUUAUCUUUGUGGAUGGAAAGGAAUAAUAGAAUUCUUAAGUGAAGGUGAUGAUUGUAAACUUAAAGGAAUGAAAUUACUUGUAUGGGGUGAUAUACCACCAUCAUCUGGUGUAUCAUCUUCUAGUUCAGUUGUAUGUGGAUCAGCUUUAAUGACAUUAGCAAUUCAAACAAAUGGAAAACAUUUUGAAAUUAUUAAUAAAGGAGAUUUUGCUGAACUUUGUGCAAAAAGUGAAAGAUAUAUUGGUGUUGAAGGAGGUGGAAUGGAUCAGGCAUGUGAAGUUCUUGCACAAAAUGGAUAUGUUUUAAAAAUAGAUUUUAAACCUUUAAUUGCACGUCCAAUUUCAUUACCACAAGAUGCUAUAUUUGCUGUGAUUCAUUCUGGUUCAAGUCAUAAUAAAGGAUCAAAUAAUUAUUAUAAUCAACGUGUUGUUGAGUGUCGAUUAGGGGCACAAAUUAUAGCAAAAAAAGUAAAUUAUAAACAUUGGAUGAAUAUAAGAACACUUGGACAAUUGUCAAAAGAAGUUUUUAAUAAUAAAUGCCCAAAUGAUAUGUUUAAUGUUGCGUUUGAAAAUUUAAAAUCUGCCAAUGAUGGUAAAUAUACAAGAGAAGAGGUAAAAGAAAUUUUGGAAAUUGAUGAUAGUACACUUAUCUCAACUUCUCUUAAUUCAAAUACUACAGAAAUGAAAGAAUUUGUCAUAACACCACGUGUUUAUCAUUGUUUUUCAGAAGCUAAUAGAGUUAUUGAAUUUGAAAAAGCAUGUGAAAGAAAUGAAAUAUCAUUAAUGGCAGCAUUAAUGAAUGAAAGUCAUAAUUCAUGUAAAGUAUUAUAUGAAUGUUCAUGUGAAGAGUUAGACUCAACAGUAAAGAUAUGUCUUGAAUCUGGAUUUUUAGCUGCAAGACUUACUGGUGCAGGAUGGGGUGGAUGUGUUAUUGCACUAACGACAAUUGAUAUGAAAGAAAAAUUAGAAGAAAAGGUAAAUAUUUUAUUUUGGAGUCAUCCAUCUAAAGGAAUUGAUUUAACAAAUAUUUAUGUUGCCUAA